AUGGCGAUAGAAGUGACCGGCGAGUGGCAGCAGCAGCGGCAGCAGCAGCAGCAGCCAGCGGCGGCGCCAGGCAGAGCGCAGUCAGCGGCAGCGGCGGCGGCCCGCCCAGCGCAACCCCCGGGCUUCGUGGCAGCUUCCAUCCGCGCAUCAAGGGCAACAGCCGCAGCCCCCAGGGCCGUCACUGUAGCCGCCGGUGCAGGCGGCGGGGUGGUAGCCGCCGCAGCCGCUGCGGGCGGCGCCGCCGCCCAGCCGGCUGCCGCCACGGUUGUCCUCAGCUACCACCAGCCAGUGACCAGCACCCUGACCGCUGUGUUCAUCCCAAUCGUCGCCGCCGUGGCAGACGGCAGCGGCGCCGCCUGCCCCGGCACCGCGCCGCCGCGGGUCGCCAUGGAGGAGGUGAAGAAGGCGGUCUUUGCAGAGGCCAGCCCAGGGGCCCCUACCGUGGGCUCCACAUUCAACCACUACGGCGUGCCCUGGUCAUUCGAAAAGUGCGACUUUGACGACUUCAACGGCUGGGCGGAUGUGGCAGACGCUGAGCUGGCGAGGCGCGGCGUCGACCUGUCCCAGUACAAGCACAGGGUCUACCUGCUCCCUCCAAGCGCCUGCGCCUUUGUGGGCCUGGCCUACAUCGGCUGCGACGGCUCCUACGACUGCCGCUCCUGGCUGGCCGCAGACUACUGGGCCAUCCCCCAGGCCAUAGCCCACGAGCUGGGGCACAACCUGUUCAUGGCACAUGCCGGUUCCUCGGACACCGGCGGUGGCUUCGACGAGUACGGCGACAGCGCCGGCCUCAUGGGCUCCUGCUGCUCGCCGCGCUGCCCCAACACGCCGCACGCGUGGCAGCUGGGCUGGAUCGCGCCGCGCCUGCUGGACGGCGGCAGCCUGCCCGCGGGCCAGACGCUGGAGGUCAGCCUGGCCAGCCAGGCGGCCACCCCCCGCUCGGGCCUACGCAUCGUGCCCAGCUGGGCCGCCGGGGUGGACCCCAUUUUCGUGGGGUACCGCACCAGGGCGCGCGGGGACGUGGGGCUGGCCCCCGAGGCCGCCCGCAGGGUCCACAUACACACCGCCGCCAUCGCCAACCCGUACGACGCACGCGUCACGGUGUGGCGGGCCGCGCUGGGCGGCGGCGCCGACGUCUGGGAGCACCCCGCCUCCGGCCUGGUGGUGAGGCUGGUGGGCGCCGGCCCCAGCGCCGCCGCCAUCACCGUGUGCCGCAAGGGCGGCGCCGAGACCGUGGCCUCCUGCGCAGCCGGCAGGGACAACGACUGCAAUGGGCUGGUGGGGGCGGGCGACCCGGCAUGCGCUGCGUUGCUGCGGAAGCGCCACCCGCGGCACACGCCUCUUGGCAAGCUGCCUCGCGGGCGCCGCUUGUGA